CCUCGCCCCCCCCCGCCCCAAAUCCCCCGGGCGUGUUUCCGCGCGCGCGUAGGGACUAGCAGAGCCCCCGCGCUCCAGGAUCAAAAGGAGUCGCUGGAGGUUCGACGAGGAGCCGGAGAAACGACGCAGAGAGCCCGGCGCGUUGGCUCGGGCCAGAUCUCCGAAGGGGCGAGCAGGGAAGCCGCCGCCGCUGCGCCCCGCCUGGAGUUUGUCAGGCGCUGCGAGGGGAAGAAGCGCGAGCCCUCGGGGAGGAGCGCCUUGGGGGCACUUUCGAAGGCCGCCCGCGCCCCGCCUUUGGGGCACCAGGCGGAGGAAGCCUUCUAGCCAGCCUGCCAGGGGAGACUUCAAACGCCGUCGCGGAAACCGCAAGCGCAGCUGGUCGCCGUUAGACUCCCCUGCCGCCUGCGCCGCGCAUUCUUCGGCUGGCUCGUUGCAUCUCCACCGCCUCGUGGUCUCAUAGCACCCCCCCCCCCGCAUCUGAUCAGCCUGGGGGGCAGGAGCGACGACCCCCUAGUCGCCUAGGCCAGCAGCCUCUUGCUUGCCCCUUCGUCCCAGCUCCUCCACGUCUCACACUCGCUUUCGCCCUCCGCGCUGCUGCCAGUAUUCCCAGCCGCUUCCUAGUCCCAAAGUUCCUCUCCUCUCCUCCCCUUCUUGCAGCCAGACUUUCCCACCAGCUCAGCUGCCCGCUCGGCCUGCAUUUAAAAGAAGCGCGCCUGCUUGCGGCUCCCCUGCCUGCCUGCCUGCCAGGAUCAGUCCCUUGCCCGCCGCCAAGCGCUCUUGGAAGCCCCCCGCUUGAAGACCACCCCGCGCCUGACCUCUCAGCAGCCCGGAGGGACCGUCAGCAGCGGAGCAGUCGGGCCAUCCCUGUAUCCCUCCUCCAUCCGCCCAGGGAUGGAGUCCCGCCGCCCUCUGUCGCUGCUCUGCCUGCUGGCGGUGGGGCUGCUGUGUCCCCCGAGCCCUGCCCGGGUGGAGGCACAGACGGUGCUGACGGAUGAUGAGAUCGAGGAGUUCUUGCGAGGCUUCUUGCAGGAGGUGGACGCCGACGAGGAUGCGGAAGGACAAGGGGCUGAGAAGGUGGCUCCGGGCGGAGGCCUCCCCGAAACUCCAGGAAGGCUGGAUGAUCCUGCGGGAAAAGAGAGCGUCGCCGGGGAAGUGGAAGAAGGAGCAGCAGGGAAAGUUCAGGAGAAGCCCAAAAAAGGGAAAAAGGAGAAGUCUCCCAAACCGACCAAGAAGCCUAAAGAGAGACCUCCCAAGGGUCCCAGGAAGGAGAAACCUCCCAAGCCUACCAAAAAGCCAAAGGAGAAACGCCCCAAAGCAACAAAGAAACCCAAAGCGCCCAAGGCCACCAAAAGGCCGGCGGCAGGAAGGAAAAGAGAAAAGCCUCCUAGCAUCCAACCAAGUGAGGAAGAGAAAAGCUACUUUCCAGAAAGGCCACUGGUUCCACCCACUGCCCAAGAGGAAGACGGCUAUGAGGCGCCUGAUUCGUCCCGAAUUCACUCGCCUUAUGGGAGGGAGGAUGAGGAGUCCCGAGUGAACGAAGAAGGAGGGGAAUCUCUGUACCCAGUGGAGCCAACGGAACCACGAUGGGAUGAGAAACAGGAUCCAAACAGGCAUCACACUGACUUCUAUGAGCCCCCUACUGACCCACAGGAGCCCAGAAGAGAGGACUGGAAUCCAGGAACCCGGCCAGAAUCCCCAGGAGAGCUAGAGCCGCCUACGCUGGAUUACAAUGAGCAGAUUGAGCGCGAAGACUAUGAGGAUUUUGAAUACAUCAGACGCCAGCACAAACCCAGCAAACCACCGGGCAGGAGGAAACCUGAGAGACCCCGGCUGGAGCCAGAGGAGAAGCCAAAGAGGCCUGAGCCGCCGACCACCCCACCCUUCGAGAGUCAUUAUGAAGAAGGGCUGGAGCUGCCAGAUUAUGGGGACCCGGACUACACUCUGCCCCACCCGAAGCCCGACGUAUUUCCCAGCAAAAAAGACGAGGAAGAUGCGAUGGAGACCGAUGAAGAGAAACUCAGACUAAAGAAACCCAAGAAGGGGGUUGGCAGCAGCAAAGAGGAUGAGGAUGUUGGCCCAGAUGAAGACAAAUGGACAGAGGAGAGAACCAAAGAACGCAAAGGGAAGCCAAAGAAAACAGGAGGGAAAAAGUGGGAGACAGAUGAAGAUGAGUGGACUCCAGAAGAGAAAAUAAAGUGUCCUCCCAUUGGAGUGGAAUCUCACCGGGUUGAGGAUGAUCAGAUCUUCGCUUCCUCCAUGCUGCGCCACGGUUUGGGAGCCCAGCGCGGGCGUCUCAACAUGCAGGCAGGGUCCAAUGAGGAUGAUUACUUCGAUGGUGCUUGGUGUGCAGAAGAUGAGAGCCGCGUACAGUGGAUCCAGGUGGACACUCGGAGGACGACUAAGUUCACAGGGGUCAUCACCCAGGGCCGUGAUUCUCUCAUCCACGAUGACUUUGUCACCACUUUCUAUGUGGGCUUCAGCAACGACAGCCAGAACUGGGUCAUGUACAGCAACGGUUACGAGGAAAUGCUUUUCUAUGGAAAUGUUGACAAGGAUACCCCGGUGAUGACUGAAUUCCCAGAGCCCAAAGUUGCCCGCUUCAUUCGUGUCUAUCCACUGACCUGGAAUGGUAGCCUCUGCAUGAGGCUGGAAGUACUGGGCUGCCCUCUCUCCAGCAUCCACAGCUAUUACAGCCUGCAAAACGAAGUAAUGACAUCGGUGGACAACCUGGAUUUCCGCCAUCACAACUACAAGGACAUGAGACAGCUUAUGAAAGUGGUGAAUGAGGAAUGUCCCACCAUCACCCGCAUCUACAAUAUUGGCAAGAGUUCCCGAGGACUUAAGAUCUAUGCCAUGGAAAUUUCUGACAAUCCAGGAGAACAUGAGUUAGGGGAGCCCGAGUUCCGCUAUACUGCAGGAAUCCAUGGUAACGAGGUUUUGGGCCGUGAGCUGCUGCUAAUGUUGAUGCAGUUUCUCUGCAAAGAAUACAAGGAUGGGAACCCCCGUGUGCGGAACUUGGUGAUGGAGACCCGCAUUCACCUUGUUCCCUCCCUCAACCCCGACGGCUACGAGAUUGCCAGCCAAAUGGGCUCUGAGCUGGGGAACUGGGCCCUGGGGCACUGGAAUGAGGAGGGGUACGACAUCUUCGAGAACUUCCCUGAUCUCAACAGCAUCCUCUGGGCUGCAGAGGAGAGGAAAUUGGUGCCGCACAAAGUCGCUAACCAUCAUAUCCCCAUCCCUGACCACUACCUCGCAGAGGAUGCCACACUGGCAGUAGAGGUGCGAGCUAUAAUGGCCUGGAUGGAGAAGAUUCCUUUUGUUCUUGGGGCCAACUUCCAUGGUGGGGAGAAACUGGUCUCCUACCCCUUUGACAUGGCUCGCCCUGUCAAUGAAAAUGAAGUGGCUCCUCCAGUCCAGAAUGACUACGAGGAAGACAACCCAGACACCAAGGAGACACCAGACCAUGCCAUCUUCCGCUGGCUGGCCAUUUCCUAUGCCUCGGCCCACCUCACCAUGACGGAGACCUUCCGCGGGGGUUGCCAUUCUCAGGAUAUGACCAAUGGAAUGGGGAUUGUCAGUGGCGCCAAGUGGCAUCCACGUGUGGGCAGCAUGAAUGAUUUCAGCUACCUCCACUCCAACUGCCUGGAGCUCUCCAUCUACCCAGGGUGUGACAAGUUUCCCCAUGAAAACGAAUUGCCACAAGAGUGGGAAAACAACAAGGAGUCAUUACUGACAUUCAUGGAGCAGAUACAUCGAGGCAUCAAGGGUGUGGUGACAGAUCAGCAGGGAGAUGCCAUUGCCAAUGCCACCAUCUCUGUUGGAGGGGUCAACCAUGACGUGAUGACAGCAAGUGGUGGGGAUUACUGGCGCAUCCUGAACCCCGGAGAAUACCGUGUCACAGCCAGGGCUGAAGGCUACAACCCUAGCGCCAAAACCUGCAAUGUCUUCUACGACAUCGGAGCCACCCAGUGCAAUUUCAUCUUGUCCCGGUCCAACUGGAAACGCAUCCGAGAGAUCAUGGCCAUGAAUGGGAACAGGCCCAUCGGCAGACCCCUGGAUGGUCGGCCCAUGACACCUAGGGAGCGCAUGCGCUGGAGGAUGAGGAUGCGCCAGAGAGCCCGGCUGCGCCAGCAGAUGCGCAACCGCCUACGGAACACCAACGUUGCCGUCGCCGCUGCCGCCACCACACCGGCUCCUACCACUCCUCUCCCAACUUCAGCCUUCCCCUUUCUGUUCAGCAGCACCACACUCCCACCAUGGAGCAGAGAGGCUCCCACCACGGAAGCAACCACUACUUGGGAGACCGAGGUCUACACAGAGACAGUGACGGAGUGGAUGACUGAUGAUGCAGUAACAGAGGUGGAUGCUGUGGAGGAGACCACAGGCACUGCGUUCCCCAUGACCACAGCAGAGACUUACACUGUGAACUUUGGUGAUUAGGGACAGCCGCCCAACCUCCUACAGUUGUGGUCCAUGAACACUCUAGCUGCACCCCAUCCUCUUCCCUUCAGUGGAUGGCUGUAUCAGAUCAUCAUAAUACAGUAGGCAGUCAUCUGCUUUUUAGAACCCACCAAAAAAAAAAAAAUCCACAGCUUUAAGCAGCCUGCCACAGCACUUAUACCAUCUCUCACAAGCCUUCGGUGUUAUGUCUCAGCAUUCUUAAAAACAUAACUGCGCCGUUUGGAAGGUUUUGGGUUGUAGGAGCGAAAGAGCCAAGACCUUCUGUGGCUGAAUACACAGAGGUCAAUUACGUUGUUCUUCUUUCUCUACUUCCCCCACUCUCGCUUUCUCUGCCCUUACAGGACUCCUUAGAGUAUGGCUUAGGAUUUGAGAAAGAGGCAAGAAGAGGGAACAUACAGCUGGCCCCUAAUCUAGGGGUCUGGAACUCUGCCCACCAGAGUCUUCUGGGAUAGCAUUACAUAGAUUCAAAUACAUAUGCCUUGGUGGAUAAUCAAGUACAGUUAGAUGCACACACUCCAUUAAAUAGGAUCUCAACACACCCCUAAGCCUGUGCUGCAUUACAGCCUUUAUUUUAGAAAAGGCUGUGCUCAUGUGUGCAACACAGAUAUUUUGUGAUGGAAUGGACAGAAAUUUCAAAAUAUUGGAGCAAAGGAUGGCAACAGAUGUGUAUGUGAGGGAGAAACUGGAGGGCUUUAAAAAGGGACAAGACCUGUGCUGAGUAGAAUGAUAUCAGUUAACUAUGCAAAAUCUAGCCAGGCUAGUUUUGAACUGCUCUUCAUUAUCUUACUUACCUUGUUUUUCUGAAGGUUUUUUUUUUGCUCCAUGACCAGACAAGCACUUGCUUUCCAUCAAGGUGACAGUCAGCAUUUCAUGAGAACUACCACAUCCUUCAUUAAAGGGUACACUCUGCCAUUCUCAGUACUAUUUCAGUUACAGUUUCUAAUACAAGGUAUCACGCUUCUACAAUGAAUGAAGCUCUCGCCGCCAGCAGCCAAGAGGGGGAAACUGAAGCUGCGAGGCGCAGGGUCCAGGAGGCAGGCCCAAAUGCCACCUCAGGCAUCUCUGGCUUCCCAACAGUUCUUAUUAUAUGAAUAAAGUGAGUUAUAUGAAAGAGGUA